AUGUCCGCAAGUUCUACGAGUGCUCCUAUGGCUCCUAUAGCUAGUCUCCCGACGGUUGAAGAAAUUAAUGGAUGGAAUCGAGAUAGGGCUAAGGGAUUUUUGCAAGAGAGGAGAGCUGAUUUAGACCUUGAGGGUAAAGAUAUCGAUAAAAUGUAUAAUCAGAAGGUUUUAAAGGGUUGCACUUUCCUUGAAUUAACACGAGAAGACCUUUUAAGUAUCAAAAUACCUCUUGGAACAGCUAAAGAAAUCUUAAAACUGAUUAGUAAGAUUAAAGGAGGUCGCACUUUUGCGUCUUCCAAUAUGAUACACCAUGAUAUCAACUUUUACAUUGAACCUAAAAUAAUGAUCAAAAAGUUG